AUGAAUAAUCCUUAGUGUCAAUCUUGCAUUUAAUAUAUUGCAAUUGUAACUUGCAGAGAAUGCACAAUUUCACUAUGUUUCAAAUGUGAUGAACGUCUUCAUUAAGAAAAGAAUGAUAAUCACUACAGAACGACUAUUUCAUUUCAACCUCGAUCAACAUCAUAAAAUGCAGAUGAAAAACUCAUUGAGAUGAUUCAACUGAAGAAAAAAGAGUUAUAAGAAUUGAAAGAGAAGGAAUCUCAAUUAACUAAACAUUAUCAAGAUAGAAUGAUAUAAGCCAAGAAUAAAUAUGAAUAACAAAUUUCAGCUUUAGAAAACAGAUGUAUAAAAUCUUAGAGUAUGUAGUGCAAAAAGCUUAAAAAUUAAUGAAUGAAGUCAGCCAAGAGAGUGUUGAACUUGAUGUUGAUAAUCUGUAAAAUGAAUUAGAGAAUUUAGAAAAGAAUUUGAAAAGUGAAAUAAAAUUGGUUGAAGAAGAACAAAGAAUGCUAGAUGAGAAAACUCAAAAGGUUGAUGCUCUAUUAAAUAGAGUUAAAAAGGCUACAGACAUUGAACAAUAACAAAUUGUAAAAAUGAAUGAAGUUGUAUAAAUAUUCAAAGCUUGUUCAGAAUAAUUAUAAAAAGAGAAAGUAAUUAUAAUAUAUUUAUUUAAGGAUCUGUUGAUGCUUGACAAUGAAAAACUGAUUACAGAAGUCGAGAUCUUUGCUAAAUUCUUUGAUGAGAAUGGACCUUUGAUGGAGGAAUUAAAUGCUUAGAAGAAUAAUGAAUAAUAAUGAAAAUUUAUUUUUG